AUGGAGGUUUCUACAUAUCCUAUUAAAAUCAAAGCUAUGGUGGACUGGCCUACUCCUACUAAUUUAAGGGGUUUGAGAGGGUUUCUUGGCUUAACUGGAUCCUAUAGAAAAUAUGUGCUUAAUUAUGGAGUGAUUUGUAGACCACUGAAUGAGUUACUCAAGAAAGAUGCCUUCAAACGGGGUGAAGAGGUUCAUAAAUCUUUUGCAGCCUUAAAACAAGCUAUGUCAACCACACCAGUGUUGACCUUACCUGAUUAUUCGCAAGAAUUUAUAGAAAUCAGCAACAGUUAUGAAAAUGAUUUACAAGUGACUGCUCUUAUUUCUGAGUUGGCAAUACAGACACAAGGUCCUCAUAUCUAUCACUAUAGCUCUGGAAUUUUGAGGAAGAAAUGA